AUGAGCUCAAAUCGUAGAUCUUCAAAAGCUCGAAAAUCAACAACUAAUUACUACCGGCUUCCAUUUGAUAAGCACCGAUUAUUUGAUCCAGAUGCAUUUCUUUCAAAGGAUCGUUGUGCCAAUCAAUCACAAAGUACUCAAUCAGGCAGCAGACAUACUGAUAAACUUUUCACUACUCCUCAGUUAGUAUCCGCAUUGACAGGGAUCUGGAAUCUUGUUGGACACCCAGAAUCUUCUGGCACAACAGAUCAAAGAUCUGUGAGCGAGGAGAUUUUGCACAAGGAAGACCCUGUGUGCUUUACUAGGGACCGAGAAGGACACACAUUGACAUCUUGCACCGAAAGCUCAACUGGCCUCAACUCUCAAACCUGUUUAUCAACACCAAAAUCAAUCCAUGAAGAUCUUAGAUUGGUGAAGAAGAUGUUAAUGCUCCGAUCAUGCAGCAACAUGAUUGGUGCUUCUGCCACAUGGAGACAUAUGCAUCUUACCAGUAAACUUGGGAACAUGCAUUAUCAAAAUAUAUACCCCAUGCAAACCAAAAAGCUAGGAGCUUGUGCUACUUCCAGCAGUAUGGACAUCAAGGAGGACGACUGCUUCGGAAGGGGUGAUAACUGUUGCAGUCAAACAGGAGACAUGCCAGCUGAACAAUGCACGAGCUCAAGUGAGGAGGAUAAUAUCAUGUAUGCCUGUGAAAAUUCUCUACAUUAUGAUAAAUUAAAUGCAGAGGUUUCUAGAGAAUAUUCCAAUAUGUCUGCUUGCUCAUCAGAGCAGGUUUGCAAAGAGGCAGGGAUAAUGCUGGAAAAACAGAUUUCCAGCACAUGCGAACAUAUUCGGCCUGAAGGGUUGACAUGCACAUCUUGUGUGGUUGGUGAUGCUAUUGUUAAUCCACCAAAUGUACACCAAUAUACCUACAGGGAAGAUAUAUCUCAGCAGGAUUUUGUAGACAAGCGUUCGUCUGAGUUUGAAUCAUCCUUGGGGCAUCGAUUUCAUGGUGCUGUUGGUGCGAACAAGCAUGCUGCUGCAGGAGCAAUAGCUGGGACAGUUGUCAGCAUCUCUCUGCAUCCAGUUGAUACGGUGAAAACCAUUAUUCAAGCUAACAGUUCUGGACAAAGCUCAUUCUACCACAUACUAAGACGCACCCUUGUUGAGAGAGGUGUCUUAGGACUUUAUGGAGGGCUUGCUAGCAAAAUUGCUUGUUCUGCACCAAUUUCAGCUAUUUAUACCUUAACUUACGAAAUAGUAAAGGGAUCACUUCUUCCUACUUUGCCGAAGGACUACCAUUCCAUUGCUCAUUGUGCUGCGGGUGGUUGUUCUAGUAUUGCAACAUCCUUUAUUUUUACACCAAGUGAAUGCAUAAAACAACAGAUGCAAGUCGGUUCGCAGUAUCAGAAUUGCUGGAAGGCUUUAGUUGGAUGUCUUCAAAGGGGUGGCAUUGCUUCGUUAUAUGCUGGAUGGGGGGCUGUUCUUUGCAGAAAUAUUCCACAUUCUAUAGUAAAGGUAUCUUUACGAACAAUUACAAUUUACUCCCUAGUCCCAAAUUUUAAUUCUACAUCUGCUUUGCUGUUUUUUUUUGGUGGUCACUUAUUUUGGAAUUUCCAGUUUUAUGCCUACGAGAGUCUGAAGCAGUUUCUGUUGAAUGCAUCACCUGCUAAUGCUAAACUCAAUUCUGGCCAGACGCUCAUUUGUGGAGGUUUUGCAGGAUCAACUGCUGCUCUGUUUACAAAUCCAUUCGAUGUUGUGAAGACACGAGUACAGUUACAGGCACUCAACCCUGUUAGAAAGUAUGAAGGGGUUCUUCAUGCCCUUACGCACAUUUUUGAGCAAGAAGGGUUGCGAGGUCUUUACAGGGGUUUAAGUCCAAGGCUGCUCAUGUAUGUAUCCCAAGGGGCGCUGUUUUUUACAUCCUAUGAGUUUCUCAAAACAAUUAUGUUUCCUGAACAAGAGCUUCAGGCAAACAACGUUUGA